AUGGUGAAGAAAAAAUACACGGUGAACCGCCGGCUAGACAAUGUCGAGUUAAAGGAAUUACGAAAGAACGGUGUUCCAUGGUUGAUCACAGCGAUUCUCCUCUUUCUCCUCGCCACAUUUGGUCUUUUUCUUUACUACACUCAUCUCAAUAAAACGGGAAAUGAUGAUUUGCCAAUUGCAAAAAGUCCUAUUGAGCAACGGGAGGAAAAGAAAGAGCUGAAAAAUUGGUUGACUUUGGAAACAAUGCAAAAGUCGAAUGGGGAAAGCGAAGUUGAAGAGAAAUCUUCUCAAAUUCUGGAUUUUGAUGAUUCUGAUGAAGAAAUUUUCGACCUAAACGGCAAUCGCAUCACUCCAAAGCCUACUAUUGAGACAACUUUUGAGACUUGGGUCACUCCAACAAGAAGAGUGAUUACUACCUUAGCUCCACCACCUGCACCAUCUACAACUCUCUCACCUCCUUCAGUCACCAUUGUUCCACAAUUUCAACGAUUUACCGUCUUGACUCCGAACAAGCAUUGUUCUGAGAUUGGAAAAAAACUCUUGAUGAGAGGUGUAAAUUCGAUGGAAGCAUCGAUUGGGAUUUCGUUUUGCUUGAGUGCUUUGGAGCCACACCAAGGAGGAUUGGGUGGAGGGAUGGUAGCGCUCAUUGCUGAUAGGCGAACAAAUUCGGUUGUCUCAAUUAACGGCCUUUCUUGCUCGCCCCAAUCGGUCACUGAUUCGACUUUUAAUGGAGAUCCGAUGCGGAGAUUUAUUGGCUAUCCAUCACUAGCCAUUCCGGGAACCCUACACGCAUUAUGGCAAACGUUUCGCCGUUUUCCAUCGGGAAGGGCCACUUGGACAGAGCUGAUUUUGCCCACGAUUGAAUUGCUCCAAAUGGGCUUCCAACCAUCUGAUAAUUUUGUUGAAGCGCUGCACUCGAAGAGAUCUGAGAUUGAAGCAGAUGAAAAUUUGAGAAAACAUUUUCUACCGCUCAUCAGCCAAAACAAAACAAAUGUCACCGAUUUUCAGCUGGCGGACACGUUGCGAAGGAUAGCCACCUCAAGAGAUCCAUCACAGCUCUUCUAUCGUGGCGACAUUGCCAAUCAAAUUGUUCGAGAGGUUAAAACAAAUGGCGGAUAUCUUCAAAAGAGCGAUCUCGUCAACUAUGAGUCGAUUUUCUCAACGGUGAUGCCAAGAGUUGUCUCAAAAGACACCCAAAUCUUUGCUCUUCCCCCACCUGCUUUAAGUUCUCUUAUUCAGUUGCUCAUUAGCAAGAUUGAAGAGAAACUCCAAAAAAACGAAACUCUAUCUCGUGAACGGCUUUUUGCAGAGCUUUUGCUGUCGGAGAACCAAAUUUUGACGUUAAUCGAGGAAAUUGCCGAUCCUCGAUUUUCUUCAAAAAGCGAUGAAUUCAGCAAUCAUUUCUCGAAACAUCCAAGCCUAAGGCAUUCGUUUGAGCAAAAAAUCGAAGCGCAAACAAAUUCUGAACACAAUUUUGUUGGAGUCGUGGAUCAGGACGGGAACGCGGUGGCACUCUCGAUGUCGCUAGGGUCAAAAUUCGGCGCUUUUCGUCGCUCCGACUCGUUGGGGAUUUUGUGGAACAAUGGUCUCGCUGAAUUCUCGACUUCACCCGAUGCUCCAAAUUCGAUUGAGCCACGAAAGAGAGCGCGCUCACUCUCAGCACCGAUCAUCGUCAAGCAAAAGAAUGAGGAGUUGAAGCUCUUCUUUUCUCCAACUCCCUCGAUUCAAUCGAUUGCCUCAAUUGCUCAAGUCGUUGCAGAAACCAUUUUUCUAAACACGAGUUUUGUGGAGGCUUUGAGAUCGCCGAAAAUCUGGUCUCCUUCACCGGGAGUCGCCGAGUUUGAGAUCAGUUUGCCCUAUCCAAGCGCGCAGAUGAUCGCAGCUGCCGGUUUCGAGAUGCAACCGGUGAGAGCUCUAGCGGCCGUUCACGGAAUCACGAGAAGAAGAUCUCCUCAACACAUGAUUACUCCAAACUGCGAUCCUCGUGAAAAAACGUGUUUUUUCGAUGGAUUU